AUGGAAACUUUCCCUAUAAAGAUUUUUGAAUCUUUUUUACAAGAUUUUCAAAUUGAAGAUCUCAGGAAUUUUUGCAAAAGCCUUAAUCUGUUUGGUUCUGGAAGUCGAUUCGAGGUUAUUGCUCGAUUAUAUAAUUAUUACAGCACUAAAUCAAAAUCCCAAGAUCCCUCUGAACUAAUUCACCAACUCUGCAAAAGCCAGAAUUGCCAAGUGCCUCGGCUAAACUGCAUUUGCAACCAAAAAUUCUCCCGCCUUCAGCUUAUCCAGUGUUCUCUUUGCCGUAGCUUUCAGCACAAGCAAUGCAUCAAAAAUCCUAACAUAAUCCCAUAUGAAUGCUUCAUUUGUCAGCUUCACCAAAUGAAUCCCUUAACGCCUAUGAAUAUAAAUUAUAUCUCAGAUUUAUAUAUAAAGCACCCCAGUUCGUAAAAAUAUAUAUUAAGAUGCAGCUGAUUUAAAUUUUAAUAGAAUUUAAUAGAUUUAUAACAAUCAUAAAUCAAAAUAUUCUAGGCUUAUCAAAGGGAAGUUAGAAGAGAUCAAAGAAUUCCUAGUUCCCCCUUUUUUAUGCGAGAAUGGGAUGCAGAGAUCGCCUCAUUUUACAAAAAAUUUUGACUACUCCGAAGAAUUUCGUAAAAAAAUCCAGCUUGGGAAUGGAAAUUUCCAAAUCCAAGUAAGAUGCAUCAAGCUAGAAGGAGACCCUUAUACUCAGCAAUGACCUUUAGCGGGCUGUCUCAUAAUUAAUGAUAAAUUAGCAAUGCUAUUUCAACCCCCAAAUAUAAAUGCAAAAAAGCGAAAAGACCAGCCUUUAAAUAUAACCACAAUUCUGAGAUCAGACUCACCAAACAAUAUUUGCCUCUUGCAGGAUGAAAAAAUUGGCAAGUUUAUAUGUGGAGUCGCUUUGAUACAAGAGAAAAGCAACGAAAGUCUAAUUGAAGAAAUUAAAAGCCAGCCAGGAGUAUCUGUGGAUGAAGGCAAGGUAUUUAUUAAUACAAUUUUAGCUCAAGGAGACUCUGAUGUAGUCUCCGACAGCAUCAAAUUUUCUAUAAAAUGUCCAAUCACCAUGACUUUAGUUGAAAUCCCAGUGAGAGGAAUAAGAUGCACUCACAUCCCCUGCUUCAAUUUAGGACCUUAUAUUAAUCUGCAGAGAUACUCCAAAGUCAAUAGAUGAAAAUGCCCAAUUUGUAAGAAGCCAGUAAAUAAAAUGACAAUAGAUAGAUUUGUCGAGCAAAUGAUAAUUGCAGCAAGGACGAUAGAAAAUGCGAGCCAGAUUGAGCUAUUCUCGAAUGGGACGUUUAGGAUCAUUUUGGAUGAAAUUAAUAACUCAGAUUCAGAGCAAAGUGACGAAGAAAUCAAGAAAAGGCGAAAACUGAAAGAGGAAGAAGAAAAAGUCCCUGAUGAAAGUAUCAAAAUGGAUAAAGAAAUCCCAUUAAGCAGCAGGCCAAAUAAGAAAGACGGCAAGGCAUCACCUGAAAUCAUAGAGAUUUCUGACUAA